AUGUGGAAGCUGUUUUUGGUGCUGGUUGGGAGUACGGUAGCUGCGUGUCUAAAUACGAAUGUCCAAGACCUACCCCGCUGGAAAUCUGAGCCGCCGCUUCCGGAAAUAAAUUUUGAGCCGCUUCCGGAAAAUCCGGUGAAUGGGUGUAUUUUGCGGUGUAAGGAUCAUCAUAUGAGAGAGGUGAGUUAGUUGGGCCUAGAAAAUUUGAAUUUGGGAUUCUAGGCCAUGUAGGUUUAUUUUUUCAGAUGGACAAUGAAUGGUCCGACGAUUUCACCCUUCCACUUUUCAAUUUUCUCAAAAAAACUGGCAACGAAACCGCAGCUUUUAUAAAGCUUCAGGAAAUUUGCAGAAGUAAUAAAGUUAUGGAAGAGUGUUUGAGGAAUUGUAAUCAAUCGCAAGAAGCUUCGAUUAUUAUGGCAGCUAUUAGAUCGUGGCAUAAUUCGUGUAUGAAUUUGGAGGGUUAGUGUAGGUUUUCAAAAAAAAAAGUUUUGCGCGCACCGGGUGUCGAACCUGAGGCAAAACUUUAAGAGGAAAGCGCGUUUACCACUCGGCCACGCGGACGUUCCUAUACCACGAGAAAAUUUCGUUGAAAACAACCGCGUUGCAGAAAUUCGCGAGCAAUUCCCUUGCUGGAAGGAAAAUGGCGAACGAUUAUCAGGAGGUUGUCACCUUCAAAACAUCCGGCUACAACAUGACAUGCAACUUUUUGCCCAAAAUCAAAGCCAGCAAAACGUGGAGAAUAUUUGUUUGGAUAUGGAACAGUUUGGAAAUUGUUUUUCGCAAGAACACGGAAAAUAUUGUGGAUAUCGCAGUCAAAUUGUAAGUUUUAGCAUUGGAUUUUCGAUUUUUCAUUGAAAAAUUUGCAGAUAAUUGAUAAUUUGAAUGCCGUGAAUAAAGAGACGCUUUUGAAAAUGAUAAAAAUCAAAUGGAACAAUAUUCCACCUGCUUGUAAUAUUCCUACUCCCUCUCGUCGUUCUGCAGAUUACAUAUAUAAUUCUGUAUCUCGCAAUUCGUUUAGUUUUAUAGUAAUUUACGUGAUUUUGUGUUUCUUUCAAUAAAUAAAUUAAAUUUGAACCUGCCGCUGUCGCAUGGCCUAGAAAACCAAACAUCGUGGCGAGACUCAACGGCCACGAAAAUGUGUGCGUCUUUUUACGCUGACAAAUAUUUGAAUUUUUCUUUUUGUUUUUUCUCUCUGUUUUUUGUCAGCAAAGCGUUUAUUAAAAGUUCUUCAAAGUUUCAGAUAUGGUUGCUGAAAAAGUAGAAGUGUAUCUCACAACAAAACAGAAUGCCGCAAAAGGAGCUAUCGCUGAUGAUUGGAAGAAUUUGCAUGACAAUUAUGUGAAAAAGUGAGUUGUUUUGAAAACUUCGAAAAAAACUGGGAAUUUAUUUUUCAGACUCUGGCAUCAAUUGACAAUUCUCACCAAGACAUUGGUGAAUAAACCAGCAUUUACCGCGAAUUUGAAUCUUGAAGAGUUCUACGACAAUUUUAUUAGUGAAUUCGAGUUGAGAAUCAAUGCAUUGAGAUUGGUUGAGAUUGCAAUUCCAAUCGCUAAAUAUAUUCAUAACAAGGAUAAGAAGAAGGGAAUCGAAUUCUUGCAAAAAAUUCAAAAAGUUGUCGCAAAAGACCGAAUCGCUGUGGCAAGACUUCAUACCGGAGAAAUUGAAUUGCGUCUUUCUCACAAGGGCAAAAACGAUCAAAUCGUUGAUUUGAAAGCGAUUCGAGAUCAAAUCGACUCAACACAAAAAGAAGUUGACACACUUAUCGGAGUCACCGAAGUUCACGCACCAUUCUACAAAGUCUCAUCGCUUUACCUCAGAGAAGUUGGAGAUUUUGCUGGUUAUUAUCGUGAAGCUCUUCGCUAUUUGGGAGUUGAAGAUGUUAACAAAUUAUCGAAAGAGGAGAAGCAAAUACAAGCAGUUUUGAUUGGUUUCGCUGCAUUGCUCGGGCAAAAUGUUCAUAACUUCGGGGAACUUUUGGCUCAUCCAAUUUUGAAAUCAUUGGAUGGAACCGGCGAAAAAUGGCUCGUUGAUGUAUUGCUCGCCUUCAACAGUGGGGAUCUUCCAAAAUUCUACUCUUUGGAAUCACAAUGGGGAGGAUGGGAUGAUUUGAAGAAACAGAAAGAUUUCCUUAUUGCUAAAAUUCGACUUAUGGCUGUUAUGGAUGUGAGUAGUUUUUAUUUUUAAAAUAUCUGAAUUUUUCCAAUCUCAAAAAAAUUCAGAUCGCGUUAGCUCGCCCAUCAAAAGGAAGAAACAUCAAUUUCAAAGAGAUCGCCGAAAAGUGUCAAAUUCCAGUGGACGAAGUUGAAUUUUUGGUGAUGAAAGCGUUGAGCAAAGAUUUGAUCCGUGGAGAUAUUAAUCAAGUCGAACAACUUGUUCGUGUCACAUGGGUUCAGCCAAGAGUUCUCGAUAAUUCUCAAAUUCUUCAAAUGUCCGCCCGAAUUGCCGAAUGGAGAAAAGACGUGUCUUCGAUGGAGAAUAUUGUCAGCUCUCAAGCGCGCGAAAUUCUGACUCAAAAUUAA